AUGGCUCCUGCUGCGACCGACACCCAGUGGUCGGUCGACUACGACACUCUGCGCCGCGAGAAUCUCUUCCGCAAUCCGCCCACAGACCAGACCGCCUACCCAUCACUGGCCGAAUCGAUUCGACCGCACGUCGAUUCGUUCAAUGCCCUCUUUGAAGACAGCAAGAUCCUCGAGGCGGGUCUGCGGGACAUUGGCACCAAGAGUUUUCUCGACGGAGAUGCCGAGACGGCUGAGCAAAAGAAGGCCCGGCAAGCGGAAGGCCGCCGACCUCCCAAACGCAACCGCCUGAAUGUGCGCGUGCGAGAGAUCUUCCUGGAUAAACCCACCAUCCCGCCAACCAACAAGUUCUCCACCCGCAACCGUAACAUCUACCCCUCGGAAACGCGCGAGCGCCAUGCGACCUACCGUGGCAAGCUGCGUGCCCGUCUCGAGUAUCAGAUCAACAAUGGGGACUGGAUGGAGUCGGUGCGUGAGCUGGGCCAGGUUCCGAUUAUGCUGAGAACCAACCGAUGCCAUCUCGAAAAAGCAACCCCGGAAGAGCUCGUUCGGCACAAGGAGGAGUCCGAAGAGCUGGGCGGCUACUUCAUCGUCAACGGUAACGAGAAGUUGAUCCGGAUGCUGAUUGUCGGCAAGCGAAAUUUCCCCAUGUCGAUCGUCCGUAACUCGUUCGUCAAGCGUGGACACUCCUACACCAAAUUCGGCGUGCAGAUCCGUUCUGUCCGUCCGGACCAGACGUCCCAGACCAAUGUUCUGCAUUACCUCAACGAUGGAAACGUCACCUUCCGUUUCUCCUGGCGCAAAAACGAAUUCCUUGUUCCCGCCAUGAUGAUCCUCAAGGCACUGGUCGAGACGAACGAUCGUGAAAUCUACGAGGGUAUUGUUGGCAAUGCUUCCUCCAAGGGCUCGAAGAACACCUUCGUCACAGACCGUGUGGAGCUCUUGCUGAGAACCUACCACGCCUACAAGCUCCAUACCAAGUCGGACUGCCGGGCGUACCUGGGUGAACGUUUCCGCCCUGUGCUGGGUGUGCCAGCUGACAUGCCUGCGGAGGAAGUGGGUGCUGAAUUUCUGCGCAAGAUCGUCCUGCCGCACCUUGGCAACUACAAUGUGACGGAGACUCAAGACUACGACAAGUUCAAGAUGAUCCUGUUCAUGAUCCGGAAGCUUUACGCCCUGGUUUCUGGUGACUGCGCUCCGGACAACCCCGAUGCGGUUUCUAACCAGGAGGUUCUGCUCGGUGGGUUUUUGUAUGGCAUGAUCUUGAAAGAGCGAAUUGAGGAGUGGCUUCGGUCCUUUGGGCCCAUCACCCGGGACUGGUGUAUUCGGAACAGCGGUGCCAAGUUCACCGAUUCGUCGUUCGAACGGGACUUCUUGGCCAAGAUUGUCAAACGGUCCAACGAGAACUUGGGCAAUGCCCUCGAAUAUUUCCUGUCUACCGGAAACCUCGUCAGUCCCACUGGUCUUGAUCUACAACAGACGUCGGGUUACACGGUUAUUGCAGAGAAAAUCAACUUCUACCGGUUUAUCAGUCACUUCCGCAUGAUUCACCGUGGUAGCUUCUUCGCGCAGUUGAAGACCACCACCGUCCGCAAACUGCUUCCCGAGAGUUGGGGUUUCCUGUGCCCCGUCCACACCCCUGAUGGAUCUCCUUGUGGUCUACUAAAUCACCUGGCGCACAAGUGUCUGAUCUCCACCGGAAAUCUGGAUGUCUCGCACCUGCCUCGGAUUCUGGUUCAACUCGGCGUCCAGUCCGAGUCCUCCGUGGCCCUCGAUGAAAGCGUGUCGGUGCAAUUGGACGGCCGAAUUAUCGGCUUCUGUUCUCCGAAGCAGGCUCAGCAGAUCGCAGACACCCUCCGCCACUGGAAGGUUGCAGGAACCAACAACAUUCCGCGUGAACUGGAGAUUGGAUAUGUCCCCAACUCCAACGGUGGCCAGUAUCCCGGUAUCUACAUGUUCUCCGAAGCGGCUCGCAUGCUCCGUCCUGUCAAGUACUUGCCAUUGGAGAAGCUGGACUUUGUCGGUCCGUUCGAGCAGCCUUUCAUGGAUAUCGCCUGUGUGCAGUCCGACCUGAUCCCGGGCCUGUCGACACAUAUCGAGUUCACACCGACCAAUAUUCUCUCCAUCGUGGCCAACAUGACGCCCUUCUCCGAUUACAACCAGUCGCCCCGUAACAUGUACCAGUGCCAGAUGAGCAAGCAAACGAUGGGUACCCCCGGCACAUCGAUCGCGUACCGUACGGAUAACAAGAUGUACCGUCUGCAAACCGGUCAGACCCCAAUUGUGCGCCCGCCCCUCUACAAUGACUACGGUCUGGACAACUUCCCCAACGGAAUGAACGCAGUGGUGGCCAUCAUCUCCUACACGGGCUACGACAUGGACGACGCCAUGAUCAUUAACAAGUCCGCGCACGAGCGCGGUUUCGGAUACGGCACCGUGUAUAAAACCAAGACGCAUUCACUCGCCGAAAAGGAUUCGCGAAAGAGCCGGUCCAAGCGCGAGAUCACCAAGCUGUUUGGCUUCGCGCCAGGCGACCUGAUCAAGGAUGAUGUGCGCCAAACAAUUGAUGAGGACGGCCUGCCGCACGUGGGCACUCGAGUGAAAGAGGGCAGCAAGAUUGCCGCAUGGCACAGCGUCCGCUACGACGCCGCGUCGGACUCGUACAUCAAUGUCGACGGGAUCACGCAUUUCCUCAAGUACAAAGAUGCCGAGGAGGGCUAUAUCGACAGCAUCCGUGUGCUGGGCUCUGAGAACGGCAACGAGCCCUGCCAGUCCAUUAGCGUCAAGUAUCGCAUUCCUCGCAAGCCGAUCAUCGGUGACAAGUUCUCGUCGCGUCACGGUCAGAAGGGUGUCUGCUCGCAGCUGUGGCCUGCUGUCGAUAUGCCAUUCUCCGAGAGUGGCAUUCAGCCAGAUCUGAUCAUCAACCCCCACGCUUUCCCAUCUCGUAUGACAAUCGCCCAAAUGAUCGAAUCGAUGGCCGGCAAAGCCGGCGCUCUGCACGGCCACCCACAAGACUCAACGCCCUUCCAAUUCUCCGAAGAAGACACCGCAACCGACUUCUUCGGCCACCAGCUCCGCAAAGCGGGCUACAACUACUACGGCAACGAGCCCCUAUACUCGGGCAUCACAGGCCGCGAGUUCGCCGCGGACAUCUACCUCGGCGUAGUGUACUACCAACGUCUACGUCACAUGGUGAACGACAAGUUCCAAGUGCGCACAACGGGUCCCGUCAACGCACUCACGGGCCAACCGGUGAAAGGCCGUGCCAAGGGCGGCGGUAUCCGUGUCGGAGAAAUGGAGCGCGACUCGCUAAUCGCCCACGGCGCGGCUUUCCUCCUCCAAGACCGAUUGAUGAACUGCUCAGACUCCCAACUUGCAUGGAUCUGUCGCUCCUGCGGCUCGUUCCUCUCUACCCAGGUUGCUGUCUCGGGCUCCGGCUCGUCACGCGCUCGCGCGGCUGUUAACCCCGGCGCGGCGGCCGCGGCUGCGAAGGUGGCCCCGAAUCAGAAUACGGUCGCGCAGCAAGCCUCGGGUGGCGGUGCCGGCGGUGCGCUUGGUGGAGUAGCGGGGAUUGUUCGCUGUCGUCGCUGCGCGCGCCGCGCGCUGUUUGAUGAUUCUCGUGCGGAGGUGUGGGAGGACGGUGAUGGGUUACGUUAUGUGGGCGGUGCUGAUGUUACGGUUGUUGCUGUGCCGGGUGUGCUGCGGUACUUGGAUGUGGAGUUGGCAGCGAUGGGUAUUCGGAUGAAGUUUUGGGUUGAUCAUUGA